AUGUCUAACCCAUUGAGUGCAACCAAUUCCUCGCCGGUUAUGCAAAGAGCUAUCGUUAAACUGGUGCUUUCGGGUGAUUCCCUGAUCAUCAGACCUCGAGGUCAGCCCAAAGGAGGUCCACCGUCCGAGAAGCAGAUCAACUUAGCCCAUUUGAUUGCACCAAAAGUGGGCCGAAAACUAGCCGACGGGUCGACCACUAGUGAUGAGUCACACGGAUGGGAGUCCCGCGAGUUCUUGAGGACCAAACUGAUGGGCAAAGAGAUACAGUUCCGCACGGAGUAUACGAUCGCAAUGGGGAACACCACUCGAGAGUUGGGUUUCCUCUUUCUGGGCGAUGAGAACAUCAACGAUACGGUUGUGUCGGAAGGGAUGGCAGAAGUGGUGCGCAGACAACAAGACGAAGACAACGCAGAGGUGUUGCGUCUCAUAGGAUUGGAAGAGUCGGCAAAAGCGGCCCAAAAGGGAAAGUGGGAUAACGUGUGGACCAAACGGAAAGUGCUUUACGACGUGGAGGAGCCCCAGGAGUUGGUGAACGAGACGUUCCCCGGAAUCGUAGAACACGUUCGCGACGGCAGUACUCAUACGAGUGUAUCGUCUGAACCGCAAGACUAUCGCAAAGACUCUUUCGGCAGAAUAUGUGACGAUUUGUGUGAAGUAUUGUUGGCUUACCUUCCGCUCAAAGAGCGGUUCCGCUUUGAAUGUGUGUCCACUCAAUGGCAACGAUGCGUAUAUACGACACAAACAGAGCUCACAUAUGAUGACAAAAUAGACGGGAAGUGCAUUGAAUGGGUGCUCAAGAAGUGCCAAAACAUGACCAAAAUUGGACAGUUGUAUGGAUUCAUCAAUAACUCAAUGAUUCAGUUAAUUGUCAAACACUGCAAUCAUUUGAAUGCAAUUGUUAUCGAUGUCUAUUACUUAAGUGUCGAUACAAUCACUCAGUUUUUCACAAAGUUUGCCACAAGUUUGCGAUCAAUUAAAUUGUAUAAUUAUAGCCAAUACCACACCCGCAGGGAGUUUAUCGACCAAAACCUCAAGAUUUGCCACAAUUUAAGACAACUUAUGAUUAUUGGCAACAGUUUGUCGGUUGUAUUGACUGAUCCCACGAAUGAUGUAUUGUUUCGCAGAUUAAAUACAUUUUGGUUUCAAUACAUGAAUGAAGACAUGAAUGGAUUUGAAUUGUUUGUCAAAAGAUAUGGCAAUCAAAUGAAAUCAAUUGAUGCGACUAUUUAUGCGAAUAGUAAUGAGGCGAUCACUAUACUGAUGACUGGUUUGUCACGAAUGGCACAAUUAAAACGUCUGAAACUCACGCUAUAUAUUCAUCCGGAGUUUGCAUUAAGAAGUGAAUCACUGAAAGGGUGCCAAAGUCUGAUACAUUUCACUCUCUUGUCCUAUAUUAAUAACCCUGAAUGUGGUGAACACUUUACACUCGACAUCGACAAACAUUUACCACACAUUCAAUACAUCGAGUUCUGGGGCACGCAUAUCACGGAUAAUAUGUUCAACUCAUUGUCCAAACUCCCAAACGUGACAACUAUUUCGUGCGAUUUCUGCGACCAGAUGUUCACUCAUGAGGCCAUCAAUUAUUUGGUCACCAAUUGUCACAAACUUCGUACUAUUUAUAUAAAUAAUAGACAUUUUAUUUAAUUAUAUUCUCGUAACUCU